UGCAGAAUGUACUUCAAUAGAUACGCCCAACAAGUGAGCAGAGCGUUCUACCGUUGACCAACGCACAAGAUGUAUGGGCUCCCACCGCUGCCAUUAGAACCGUGUGACCCAGCACUCGAGGCGAAGAUAAGACAAUUUCGGUCGCUUAAGGUUCAAGGAAAACACUUUAAUGAUAAUUUGAUGUCGAACAAAGCGUUUCGAAACCCCCAUAUAUACCAGAAAUUGGUGGAAUUUGUGGGGAUUGACGAAAAAGGAACUCAAUUUCCUCGGGAUCUAUGGGAUCCACAUGAAGUUCGCGACGAAUGGUUUGCGGAGAGUCUCGCUUCCCAACAGAAGGCUAGAUCCCAGCAGAUUGAGUCUGCUCAGAAGCUCAAGAGUAGAGCCCACAUCGAAUUUCAAACUUCACGCCCUCGUCCUGAAAGCAACACUGAUGGUUUGGGUGAUAUGAGGCACGCACGGGAUCCGCCUCAGCGGGGGAGGUAUGAUCAUUCAAAGACCUCGCUGCAGCCUCCACGCUAUCGACGGUGAUCAGAUUUGAUGGACUAGUAUUGAGAACAUAUUUUACCGCUGGCUUUCUACCUGUUCUUUACUCUGGGACUUGUGAUACGUGUACUCUCAAGACUCAAUAUUCCAAAUCUUGACAGUUCCACACUGUGUUUUGGUGUCUAUGCGGGUUCUUCUCUUCUAUUCAGUCAGACACCAAGCCGCCGCCCAUACUUGCAACCGCUCUUCUGCUAGUUGCCUAUCUAGUUGUCCAGCGCAUCUUUCCCUAUCUGCCGCCUUAAUCUCAUAUUCUUGUCUGUUCCGUGCUCAUCACUUCAAUCCAGCUGAGUGGGCGCACAUAAUGGAUGGAUGGAUGGAUGGAUGUAUUCAUUUUAAAUAGUAGGUGGAGAGGAGUUAAGUGUCAAUGGGUGGA